AUUGAUACCCAUCGGCCGUGAUCGGGACUUGCACCACCACCACCACCACCAUCAAUAGUCAUCGCAGUUGGUGAUACCGAUCGCGUUGGCGGACGACACAAAUUGCUACCACCAUUGGAAGAGCGCGGAAGUUUGUCUCGUCGUCUGCACCUCCACAUAUUUGCUGUUCGUUGCAAAUCAGCCCGAAUGUGGUGAGAAGAGGCUCAAUAUGAAUUUUAAAUCCGCUGAACGCCAGCUUUGAACGACACACCGGUUCAGGAUUGUGCUUGCUGGCGGGGAAGUGCGUGCAAGUGGGUGCUGCUGUGUGUUAUCUUCGAGUUGUGUUUUCCGGAUCGUGCAAGGAUAGUAGUGAAAAGACCGCCCCGAAGGUUAAGGACGGUAUCUAGAAUAUUGAUAGCGCUCGGAUUGUGCAAAGUAGUGUGAAGAGGCAACGAACUUCCGACAAGCGUGGCAGAAUAGAGUUUGCGGAAGUGAUAUAUUUUCAAAACGGUAUAUUAUAGUUUUUAAAAAAGUGGAUCAAGAUGGUGCUAAAUCCAGUGAAGCAGUUCAUCAAAGCGGCUGAUCACAUCCCCACCCGCUUCAACAUCGCCAUUAUGCUGUUCAUGUCCUGCUUCGUGAGCUACAUGUUGCGGGUCAACAUGUCGGUCAACCUGCUAGCGAUGAUCCAGCCAACUGCGAACUUGGCACGACCCAUUGCCCGCCUGUCGAACGCGACCACCUCGAACGGUACCUCUUUUGCUGCACCCGCAGACGCAGUUAUGAAUUACGGCCCCCGCUACAACUGGUCCUCGCACGAUCAAAGCCUGAUACUGGGUUCCUACUUCUACGGCUAUCUGCUGACGUCGCUGCCGGCUGGAAUCCUCGCCGAACGAUUCGGACCGCGGAAUUUAGUCGGCUUCACGCACGCUGUGAGCGCCUUUCUGACGGCUCUGACUCCUCUGGCGGCAUCCUACGGACUGUGGUUCAUCGUUGCCAAUCGGGCGGCGCUGGGAAUCUGCGGGGGCGUCCUCUACCCGGCUCUGCACAAUCUCGUUUCCCAUUGGGCCCCACCGGACGAGAAAGGCAAAUUCAUUUCCGCCUUGAUGGGAGGCACCUUCGGAACCGUCGUCACAUGGCCCCUGGUUGGAGUGUUGAUCGAAACUCUCGGAUGGUCCUUCGCCUUCUACAUCCCGGCCGUGAUAAGCGCCAUCGUCGGUGCCUUUUGGCUGAUAAUAGUAGCCGAUUCCCCUGCCAAACAUCCACGCAUCGGAAAGGAAGAGCAGGACUACAUCGAAAAGUCCCUCGGUGAUACCAUCUCCAAGCAGAAUCUGCUUCCGCCGAUGAGGAAAAUGAUGACGUCGGUACCAUUCCUUUCCCUCCUGGUGCUACACUUUGGCAAUCUCUGGGGACUGUACUUCCUCCUGACGGCAGCGCCCAAGUUUAUGAGUGAGGUUCUUGGAUUCAAACUGGCCAAAGCUGGUUUCCUCGCAGCUCUUCCGUACCUUGCCCGAGCCCUGGCUGCAUUUGGAUUUGGAAGCAUCGGCGAUUACCUGAGAAAGAAAUCGUUCUUCACUGUUACCACAAUUCGCAAAUCAUUCUGUCUGUUCUCUCACAUAAUUCCCGGCCUGUUCCUCAUCGGGCUCAUCUACGCCGGGUUCGAUCCGUUCGUGUGCGUCGCCAUAAUCACCCUCUCGUUGGGUUUCAACGGCGCCUCCACCAUGACGAAUCUACAAAACUCACAGGACCUCGCCCCCAACUUUGCCGGUACCCUGUACGGAGUGAUCAACUUUGUCGGAACGACGAGCGGCUUCAUCUCUCCCAUGCUGGUGGCACACUUCACCGCCGUCCAGAGCACGAUGGACGAGUGGCAGUAUGUAUUUGCGAUAGGAGCCGCGGCCUACAUCAUUCCGGCCUUGGUCUUUGUCCUGUUCGGCUCUGCUGUGGUACAAGAGUGGAACGAGCCCAAGCAGCAUGAGCCCAAGACAACGACCAAACAGGUGCAAGAGACGUUUUGAAUAUGGGGAGGCAAACCCAAGCCCUCUUCCGAGGCCUCCUCUUCACCCACAGUGAUCCAGUAGCUGUAGAGCUGGUUGGAGCUUUUCCAGCAAGCUUUUCUCAUUUUUUUUUUUCUUUCUGUAAAUAUAGCUGAGUAAUGCAUGUGUGUUAGGAAAUUCACAUCUCAACGAAUCUCAUUUGUAAUGAUAGUCAACUGUAGCCGUUAAGUGAACCAAGGAGAAGUAUUAUUAGCUAGGGCUGGCCAAGUUAUAAAUAUCGUAAAUUGGUAUAUAAUUUUUCUAUAUACAACAAACCGGCACGUAAAUUAUGUAAUUCAGUGAAGCAAGCGUGGAGAUAGUGGUCCGUUUUUUAUGUAACGACAACUGUAUGGGCUCUUAUGCUCAGCCUAAACUAAACCAUUGCGGCAUCGAAAA